GCACCGGGGUGACCGGGGUUCACGCGAGUGUGUGCACGGAAUUCACGGAAUUGUGAUCGAUCGUUCGUAAUCAUCGUCGAGUGUCGUCGCAAUCUCGCAAAUAAUAACGACGUUUUCUCGUGUUAGUUCUUUUCGUAUUUCUUCUCCCAUCGGGAAGCCGGCAAUCCUGCCCAGAUCUCUCAAGAUGGUGAAAAUGGAGCACGAUGAUGGUAAAAAUGAGCCGGAACACGUGAGAAAGUUGUUCAUCGGUGGCUUGGAUUAUAGAACAACAGAUGACUCGCUUAAGAAACAUUUCGAGCAAUGGGGAGAAAUCGUAGAUGUUGUUGUUAUGAAGGAUCCUAAGACAAAACGAUCCAGAGGCUUUGGUUUCAUCACUUAUUCUCGUGCUCAUAUGGUGGAUGAUGCCCAGAAUGCUAGACCUCACAGGGUAGAUGGCAGAGUAGUGGAGCCCAAGAGGGCAGUACCCAGACAAGAGAUUGGCCGACCAGAAGCUGGAGCUACCGUGAAGAAACUCUUCGUGGGCGGCUUAAAGGAUGACCACGAAGAGGAGGAUCUUAGACAAUAUUUUCAGAGUUAUGGUAGCAUAAACUCGAUUAGCAUAGUCACGGACAAGGAAACCGGGAAGAAGCGAGGUUUCGGUUUCGUCGAGUUCGAUGACUAUGAUCCCGUCGAUAAGAUUUGUCUCCAACGUAACCAUCAGAUUCGUGGCAAGCACGUCGACGUUAAAAAGGCUUUAAGCAGAGCUGAAAUGGCAUCCGCAUCCGGGGGUGGCGGUGGUAGCGGAGGCGGUAGCCGUGGUAGCCAAGGAGUUGGCAGAGGACCGCGCGGUAGCAAUCAAGGUGGUGGUAGCUGGGGAGGACGUGGCAGCGGCGGUGGUGGCGGCGGUGGCGAUUGGAAUAACGGCGGUAAUCAAGGCGGAUACGGCGGUGGAGGUAAUCAAGGUUGGGGAGGUAAUGGACCAUGGGAGAAUCAGAAUCAAGGUAAAGGAGGAGGAUGGAACCAGGGCGGACAAGGUGGUUAUAAUAGCGGUGGUAAUUGGAGCAACGACAAUUUCGGCGGUGGUUAUCAACAGGGGUAUGGCGGUGGUCCUGUACGCAACAAUUUCAAUUCGGGCGGUAGAUCGGCACCUUAUGGCGCCAAUUCGGGUCCUAGCGGUCGACAAUCUGGCGACUCGAGAUGGUUACCGCCUUUUGGCGGACAAGGUUGCUCUUCACUUUCAAAAAUCAACAACAGACCCAUGGGUGGCGGAAAUUCCGGCGGUGGCGGCGGUGGAUAUGGAAAUCAAGGUGGCUAUGGCGGUAAUUCCCUUGGAAACAUGGGUGGUGGCGGUGGUGGAGGAGGUAGUGGAAGAAGAUAUUAAAAAACGCAGAGAGCAUGUCGCUAACAACCUCUCUCGCUGGUGAAGCUACUACUCCUACUACUACUUGUCUUCUAGUCGCCAGUACUUCUGUACUGUUUAGUAUCGGAGGCAGGCAGGCAGGCAGGCAGGCAGGCUAUCAGGCUAGAGAGACAAGACAACGAACAGGCAGAAACUCAGAAACUGUCAGGCAGGCAGGACAAUCAGGAUACAGGACAAAAAUAAAGAGACAAAGAGAAAGAGAAUCAUCAGUUAGCUUGCAGUGAGAGAGGCUUACAUGCCUAUCCUUUUUUAAUCUUGCGUCCGAUUUUUCCCCCCUUCUCCAUUCAUUGUAAACAUUCUCACUAUCCCCCUCGAAUAUACACGCGUGUCCUUUACAAAGACAUGGAUUCGUAAAGAUCGCUCGGACAGGAAAAAAACUCGUAUUUAUAUACAUAUAUAGAAGAUAAUUCAUAUUAAAAGAAGAGAGAGAGAGAGAGAACGAGGGAGAAAGAGCGCGUAUACACAUAGCGACAGAAAUGGUAACAGAAGACAAUGUAUACCUCAGCGUUUAUUUGUGUAGGAAUUAGGACUAAUUAAUAGGAAAUAUAUAAUUGAACUUAAUCAUUUUACGAAACUGUAUAAUUGUUUAAACUUAAAGUCGGCGAAAUAAAAGUGUAGAAACCUUUUC